GAGCCCUGGCUGUCGGUCUCCUUUCUGACCCGGAAGUGUUGGACCUACCGGUGACCGUCAGAUUCGAACAUGGCCUGGAGAAGCUGCUCCGUGCUCUGCAGGCUGACCGGAGGAGACCCGUUUCUGUGCUCCGUGAGGGGAGGAAGGUGGCCUCACAGCUUCCAGCAGAGAAGUGGCUUCAGGAAAGCUUCCAAAAAACCAGAAGCAAAGAAGCCAGAGGAUCCGGUUCCGGCUCACACUGAGCCUUCUGAGGCUGCAUUCCAGAACCGGGCCCCCCUGCAGCCUCCCGUCACCCCCCAGAGGCCCUUUGGCCGUCUCGUCCGGCCGUUCCUCUUCACCGUAGGGUUUACAGGCAGCUCCUUCGGCUUGGCGGCCAUCUGGCAGUACGAGUCGCUCAAGUCCCGAGUCCAGAGCUACUUUGACGGGCUGCGAGCUGAUUGGCUGGAGAAGGUUCAACCUCAGAAACGAGGAGACGUCCGCAAGGAGGUAAACGAGUUCAGCUUUACUGUAUCAGUAGAAUCGGAGGAGGUGUGGGAGGAUAAUGAUUGGUUGAUUGUGUUUCAGAUCAACCAAUGGUGGAACAGCCUGUCUGAGGGCCAGAAGACGGUCACAGGAAUCAUAGCUGCCAACGCCGUGGUGUUCUGCUGCUGGCGGGUUCCCUCUCUGCAGCGCUUCAUGGUCCGAUAUUUCACCUCCAACCCCGCCUCCAAGUCGCUCUGCUCUCCGAUGCUCCUCUCCACCUUCAGCCAUUUCUCCUUCUUCCACAUGGCCGCCAACAUGUACGUCCUGUGGAGCUUCUCCACCAGCGCCGUCUCCAUGCUGGGCAGAGAGCAGUUCAUGGCCGUCUACCUGUCUGCAGGCGUCAUCUCUACGUUCGUUAGCUACGUUUGUAAGACGGCCACAGGGAGGUUCAGCCCGUCCCUUGGAGCGUCUGGAGCCAUCAUGACCAUCCUGGCUGCCGUUUGCACCAAAAUGCCAGAAGCCAGGCUGGCCAUCAUCUUCCUCCCCAUGUUCACGUUCACCGCUGGCAAUGCUCUGAAGGCCAUCGUUGCCAUGGAUACGGCAGGUUUGGUGCUGGGAUGGAAGUUCUUUGACCACGCUGCUCAUUUAGGAGGAGCUUUGUUUGGAAUAUGGUACAUCCUGUUUGGUAACGACUUGAUCUGGAAGAACAGAGAACCUUUCGUCAAGCUUUGGCACGAACUGAGAACACGGAGCGGCGGUGGAGGCGGACCAGGCGGCGCCGUGUAGGAGCCAGAACCAUCAGAACUGUGGGAACUGAGCACUAAUAGAGAAACAUGUAUAAAAUGUACAGAGAGACCUCAAUAUGUUCCAGAACCAGGAACCGCGUGGGUCCAUGUUCCUGAUGGACUUUAACUGAUGCUUUUUACACCAAAAACUGUUUUUGGUCGGUUCCUGAUUGAGUAUUUAUUUAAAGAAGAUUACAGAACUUUUGAUUCAGCUAAUCCCUGAAGCUGGAGUUUAAGGUUCUACUUUGUAGGAAACAGAUUUUAAUUUUUUUGUUGUAUAUUUUAGAGCAGAACAACAACAAAAA